CGGAGCUCCCGCGGCACCGGCGGAGCGGCGCGGGCUGCGGGCGGACGGGCGGCGCGGCUCUCCCGGAGCCCCGGGACUGCCACAGAACACUGUGAAAUUAUCAUCAGUGGUAAAUACGGGUUCAGAAAAACGUGAUGACUUCAGGGAUUCUAUUGAGACGUUUUUAAAUGGUUUUGAGUGAUGUAAUCAGGUUAAAUACAAGGGGUGAUUUUGCAAAGUGGACAGUAAUGGAGUAUAUGAGCACGGGUAGUGAUAGCAAAGAGGAGAUUGACUUGCUGCUAGCUGAUCUAAAUAUGUCUGAGGUGAUAGCCAUCAUGGAGAACCAUUAUCCGGGUGAAGACAUUGCUGUCUAUGAAGACAGCUUAAUUACUAUGUGUGAAGAGGCAAAUCAAAAUGAUGAACGUGCAGAAUCAUUACUGUUUUGUGAAGGGGAGGUCUCUUUGAUGUCCUCUGUCAAAUACGGGACUGUGGAAGACCUACUUGCUUUUGCCAAUCAGGUGUCUAACACUGCAAAGCAAUUUAAAGGAUGCAGACAACAGGAAUCUGGAAUCCUCUUGAAUAUGAUCACACCCAAGAACGGGCGCUAUCAAAUUGACUCCGAUGUGCUCCUGUUUCCAUGGAAGUUGACUUACAGGAAUAUUGGUUCUGAUUUUAUUCCUCGAGGAGCUUUUGGGAAAGUGUACUUAGCCCAAGACAGAGAAACCAAGAAACGAAUGGCAUGCAAAUUGGUCCCAGUGGAGCAGUUCAAACCAUCAGAUGUUGAAAUACAGGCAUGUUUCCGUCAUGAAAACAUUGCUGAAUUAUACGGCGCUAUUUUGUGGGAUGAGACAAUCCAUCUCUUCAUGGAAGCUGGAGAGGGAGGAUCUGUCAUGGAAAAGCUGGAGAGCUGUGGGCCUAUGAGGGAGUUUGAAAUAAUUUGGGUGACAAAGCAUAUUCUGAAAGGACUUGACUUUCUCCACUCGAAGAGGAUUAUCCACCAUGAUAUCAAACCAAGCAACAUUGUCUUUAUGUCAACUAAGGCUGUUUUGGUGGAUUUUGGCCUAAGUGUUCAAAUGACUGAAGACAUUUACUAUCCCAAAGAUCUUAGAGGAACAGAGAUUUACAUGAGCCCUGAAGUUAUCCUUUGCAGAGGCCACACAACAAAAGCAGACAUCUACAGCAUGGGAGCUACUAUUAUUCAUAUGCAAACGGGCAUCCCGCCCUGGGUGAACAGAUACCCUCGUUCUGCAUAUCCCUCCUACCUCUACAUCAUACACAAGCAAGCUCCCCCCUUAGAGGAUAUUGCUGAGGACUGCAGCACUUCCAUGAGAGAGUUGCUAGAAGCAGCUCUGGACAGGAACCCUAAUCACAGGCUGUCUGCAGCAGACCUACUGAAGCACGAGGCCUUGCACCCACCCCCGGAGGAGCAGCCGCGGUGCCAGAGCCUGGACUCGGCGCUGUUUGAAAGGAAAAGGCUGCUCGCCAGGAAGGAUCUGCAGCUGCCAGAAAAUAUCACAGAUUCCUCAUUGUGUAAUGGGAGCAUGGAAGAGUCAGACCUGCUAAAGAGACAAAGAUCUCUCUACAUAGACCUUGGAGCUCUAGCUGGUUACUUCAAUAUUGUUAGGGGACCACCAGCCUUAGAAUAUGACUGA